CCAUGUAUGAGCGACCUUUAGUUGCUUUGCGUUCCUAGUGCUUCUGCCUCUGCCUUGUCGCAACCGUGGGCGGACAUGAGACCACAAUAAUUUUUCCAAUUGAAAUUUCUAAACAGAGAAUCUUUCUUUGGUGAAAUUUGCGAUUUGGUUGAUGAAUAUCAGUUCUCAUUCAACGAAAUCAACUGCUCGAAAAUGAAGUCGCGCAGGGCUAAUAUGCCUGAGGAAGGUAACCAGCAGGGGCCAAAUUAUGCAGCCGUGGCUUGGAAAGGCCUUUUCAUCUUUUUGAGGAUGUUACACUCCCUCUAUGACUGCAUCAUUGACUUUUUCUUUGGGCUGUACUACAAUGAUACCACAAGGAAGCACAUUUCUAAUGUGGAUCACCCUUUCCUUCUUGAAAGCGCUUCUUCAAUUGCAAGGAAAAUCCGAAACGGAGAUUUGAAAAGUGUCGAUGUGAUUAAUGCCUGCAUAGCAAGAAUUGCUCAAGUAAAUGGGGUGAUCAACGCAGUUGUUGAUGAAAGGUUUAAGGAUGCGAUCGAGGAAGCAAAAGAGGCAGACCGGAUGAUUGAAAGUGGUGAAUGGAGCAAGGAGAGAUUGGAAAAGGAAAGGCCUUUUCAUGGUGUGCCAAUUUCCACUAAAGAAAGCACUGGAAUCAAAGGAAUGAGAUGGACGUAUGGGCUGAUGUUGAGAAAAAAUGAGAGAGCCCCUGCCGAUGCUGAAGUUAUCUUAAAAAUGCGUAGAGCUGGAGCCAUUCCAUUUGUACUCACAAAUAUUCCAGAAUUAAACAUGUGGUACGAAACGAGGUGCAAUGUCUAUGGCCAAACAAGCAACCCCUACGAUACUAACAGAACUGUAGGAGGCUCAUCAGGAGGAGAGUCAAGCCUAAUUACUGCCUGUGGAUCUCCAUUAGGGAUUGGAACUGAUGUUGGAGGCUCUGUUCGCAUGCCUGCCUAUUUCUGUGGAAUUUUUGGCCACAAACCCUCAUCAGGAAUGAUCAGUUUGCAAGGACUGACCAGGAAACUUGAAGAGAAUACUGGACCUUCAAUGGUUGUUCCUGGUCCUUUAUGCAGGUAUGCCGAAGAUUUGCUUCCGACCAUGAAAGUAUUGAUGAGAGACAGCAAGGUCAAACUUGACCUCGAAACUAAGGUUGAUGUGAAAAAUCUGAGGAUUUUUUAUAUUGAAGACGACUGUGGCGAUCUCAAAGUUAGCCCUCUCAGUUCAGAUCAGAAGGAAGCCCUGAAAAAAUCUGUUAAAUACAUGGAAGAGCUGACUGGAAGAACUCCGAAGAAGCUGGAGUUGCCCAAUUGGAAAUAUGGUUACAAACUGUGGCGCCACAUGAUCACUGAGGAACCAGAAAGACUACCCUACGAAUUAACAAAUCGAAAUGGAACUGUUACUUGGUGGUGGGAGGUUCUGCGGUUCUUCACUGGUACAAGUCCGUACACCCUUCCAUCUAUUCUGAGACUCAUUGACAUGCAAAUGCCUCAAGCAAAUCCUCAGUGGGUGAAAGACACAAUCAAGUCUCUUUUGGAUGAUAUAAAGCGCGAAAUCGGCGAAGACGGCAUUCUCCUGUACCCUUCUCACCCCAUUCCUGCAUUUUAUCAUUGCUCUGCUCACCUCCGACCCUGGAACUUCAGCUACACUGCCAUUAUCAACGCUUUGAAACUGCCAGCCACGCAGGUUCCAAUGGGAUUGAACUCAAAGGGACUCCCUCUUGGUGUGCAGGUGAUUGGAAAUAUGUACUGUGAUCGAAUGACUAUUGCUGUGGCUCAAGAACUGGAGAAAGCUUUUGGAGGAUGGGUUCCUCCUUUUAAGACUUCUUAGACUAGAUGUCCAGAUUCUAGACCAGCCAGGUUCUCAUUUUUUUUGCAGUUGGCUAUUAGGGGCUAUAUUUGAUUGAUUUUAUAAUUUUUACUGUAUCUUGUGAUUUUUUUAUGUCACAUUAAACCAUGUGUAUUAUUCAUUAAUUAUUUUUCUGAUAUUAUAUGUUUUCUGCAUGUUUAAAUUUAAACCACAUAAGUUUUUAUGGUUUUUAUAAUAAAAAUUUAAUAUGAA